AUGGAAAUACCAAAUUAUGAUAGUGUCGAUGAUCCGGAUAAAAAAUAUAAACAGUUAUUUUCUUACAUGCCAUCAGACACAUUUCGAAUGUUAAUCUGUGGAAACAGUGGAAGUGGUAAAACUAAUUUACUGUAUCAUAUGUUAAUUAAACCAUUGUUGUACUAUGAUGAAAUUUAUCUUUACGCGCGUAAUCUUGAACAGGAUAAGUAUCAAAAGUUAAUUCAAAAAAUGACAGAGUUAAGUCAUAAAUUGGGUUAUGAAAUACUUCAUGUUAACAAUGAUGAAAUAACUCCAAUUUCAGAAAUGGAUUAUGAAGACAAUCAAAAACUUGUAAUAUUUGAUGAUUAUGUUUGUGAUAAAAACCAAAAGUCACUUAUUGAUUAUUUUAUUCAAGGUCGUCAUAAAAAUUGUUCUGUAAUAUACCUUAGCCAAUCAUUUUAUAAAACUCCAAAAGAUAUUCGAUUAAAUUGUUCUCACUACUGUCUUUAUGAAUUUCCAUCAUCAAGGGAAGCAAAUCGUAUAGCAUCUGAAUUAGGAGUUGAUAAAGAGGUGUAUAAAACAGCAACAAAAAAACCAUUUACAUUUUUAUAUGUUGAUAAACCUAAAAAACGUAUUGCUAAAAACUUUACUAGUAAUAUAACCUAAUAAUAAAAUGGGAGUAUUUAACGAACAAUCUUUCGAUCAUCCUUUUGCUAAAGGAAUACAGGGUGCACCAGGAGUUGGUUUUAGUCUAACCGCAGAUGGAAAUUAUGAUAUUAAUAAAAAGAAACUCACAAAUGUUGGUGCACCCAGUGCUAAUACUGAUGCUGCUACAAAGAAGUAUGUUGAUGAUAAUUCUGGAUCAUCCACAACAUCAGAAUUAACAGUUGAUUCAAACAUUGAUAUGAAGGAUAGAUAUCGAAUUUUAAAUCUUAAAUCACCACUAGAUGCAGAUGAACCAGCAACAAAACAAUACUCAGACAGCACAUUUCUUGACAGAAAUGGUUCACGAACAAUGCUUGGUAAUCUGGAUAUGAACAACAAUCAAAUAUUUAAUAUACCAGCUCCAACAGGUCCCAAACAACCAACACCAUUAGCUUUCACAGAUUUUAAGUAUCUCCAUGUUGCUGGUACAAAUAAAAUGACUAAUAAUCUAAACAUGGAUAAUAAAGGUAUAAUUAACCUUAGACCACCAACAUCAGACACAGAUGCAACAACAAAAAAGUAUGUUGAUGACUCAUUUCAACCUUAUUUUAAAAAAGAUGGAUCGGUAAAAAUGACUGGAAAUGUAGAUAUGAAUAAUAAUAGAAUAUAUAAUAUUCCAACACCAACAGGUAAUAAUCAACCAGUAACAAAAAUCUAUGGAAAUUUCUAAUUAUGUUAAUAUUAGAGGUUUUACUCCUAUGCUUGGAGAUUUAA